AUGGACAAGCUGAAGGAAUACGGCCUCCGGCCAGAGUCCCGGGUGCUCAUCAUCAUGACCGGCGGCACCAUCUGCAUGCGCCCGUCGCCGUCCGGCUUCGUGCCAGCGCGCGGCUUCCGCGAGGCCGUCCUCGAGCCGUCGCCGACCUUCAACGACGGCAGCAAGCCGGGCGACCUGGAGGUGGCCGUCGAUGGAUCGGGCCAGCGAGUCGCCCAUAGAUCGCUGCGGACGCCGCUGAGCAGCUACAACACGCGGGUGCGCUACGCCGUGCUCGAGUUCGACGAGCUGCUGGACUCCAGCUCCAUCGACGCCCGCGGAUGGGCGCAGAUCGCGCGCGCCGUCGCCUGGAACUACACGCUGUUCGACGCCUUCGUGGUGCUGCAUGGGACGGACAGCCUGGCGUACACCUGCUCGGCGCUGAGCUUCAUGCUGCAGAACCUGGGCAAGCCGGUCAUCCUGACGGGCAGCCAGACGCCGAUGCUGCAGCUGCAGAACGACGCCGCGGACAACCUGCUGGGCGCCCUCGUCGUCGCCGGCCACUUUAUGGUGCCUGAGGUCUGCCUGUACUUUGCCGGCAAGCUGUUUCGCGGCAACCGGACGACCAAGGUGGCCGCCAGCGACUUCGCGGCCUUUGCGAGCCCCAAUGCGCCGCCGCUGGCGACGACGAGCUCGAUGAAGACGGACGUCGCCUGGCAUCUGGUGCGCAAGCCGACCAGCAUCGAGCACUUCCGCAUCCGCACGAACCUGGACACGACGCACGUCGCCUGCCUGCGCAUCUUCCCGGGCAUCCAGCCGGAGAUGGUCGACGCCGUGCUGCGGCUGGACGGGCUGCGCGGGCUGGUGCUGGAGACCUUUGGCGCCGGCAAUGCGCCCAGCGGCCAGGACAACCGCAUGACCAAGGUGCUGGCCGAUGCCAUCAAGCGCGGGAUAGUCAUCGUCAACGUUACUCAAUGCCUCUCUGGGAGCGUCUCGCCCGUGUAUGCGACGGGGAUGACGCUCUCCCGCGCCGGCGUCGUUGCUGGCGGCGACAUGACCACCGAGGCGGCCCUGACGAAGCUGGCCUACCUGCUGGCGAUGCACGAUGCGACGCCCGAGUCCGUGGCCAGGGACAUGUCGCUGGACCUACGCGGCGAGAUAUCCGACCACCACCACCCGCGCUUCCGCCAUCCAGACGGGACCCUGCCGGACCGCGUCAAGACCCUGACGGCCCUGGGCUAUGCCAUCUCGCACGGCGAUCUCGCCCAGGUGACGGACCUGAUGCGCGGCGGCCAGGAGUGGCUGCUCAACGACCACGACUACUCUGGCAACACCCCGUUGCACCUCGCGGCUACGUCGCCCGAGAUCUCGAUUCUGCGGUACUUUCUGCUGCACGGCGCCUCCGUCCAUCUGCGCAACAACACGGGCAAGACGCCGCUGUUUCUGGCGGCCAACGCCGGCCUGGUCGACCACGUCGAGCUGCUGCGUCGCUCGGGCGCCCACCUGCACGCGGACGAACUCGCCGUCGCCGAGCUGCAUGCCAGACGGCUGCCCGAUAUCUGGGCUCUGGCCGGUGUCGACGUGCCCUCGUCUACCCAGCAGAACGGCGAGCGAGCUGAAAAGUUGAAAGCCGAAGCAAGCAAGCCUGGGCAGACCUUAGAGACAUCACAAACCUCAGAGAUAUCUAAUGAAGACAAGGAGUGA